AUGGCGCCUAACCCGGUGAUAUUCGUCCUUCACGGUGCAUGGCACGGUCCGGUAUACUUCGAGCCGGUCAAGUCCAAACUUGAGGCGCUUGGGUUUACCAUGGUCUGUCCACAGCAGCCUUCUACCGGCGGCAUUCCCCCAACCACAACCUUGUACGACGACGCGGCUCAUGUCCGGGCCGAGCUGGAGCAACUAGUUGAUCAAGGCGAAGAUGUUGUAUUGGUGUUGCAUUCGUAUGGCGGGAUGGAAGACGGCAGCUGCAACGCAACUAAUCCCGAGCAUGUGUUCUAUCAUGACCUGCCAGCUGAAGAACAGAAGCAUUGGGCGUCGAAAUUGAAACAUCAUAGCACCAUCGCCCAGAAAACUCCGCUGACCCAGGUCGCUUACACCGACAUUCCAGUGACGUACCUAUACUGCGAAGACGACCAAGCUCUGCCUCUCGCUGUGCAGGAGAUGAUGGUGAGGCAGUCAGGUUUGGCGGACGUGCAGGAACUGAGGUGUAGAGCUGGGCAUUCGCCCUUCCUGAGCCAGCCCGAUGUGUUCGUGGACAGCAUCAUCAAGUCCAUAAAGGCUUGA